GUGAGGGGUUGGGCAACCGAGGCAUGUAUAUGUAAACUCAAGUGUGGUGUCUGCUGUAUAGUUUGGUCAUCUGAGAGGAAUGAAUUCUUUGGUCGUGUGUACACAUUGUGGAGAGAAACUUGAAAGGACUGAACAGGGCAUCCAUUCAGCUUGUAAACUAUGGCACUCUUUACUGGCAAAAAAGUUUAAACACAUUGGUGAAAAACGAAAAGAUGAAGAAGAGCAAUUUGGCCAAGUCAAAACAAGAAAGUAUGACGCCCUAAACUAUGUAGCAGCCCCAUUUGAGCUUAAGACUAACGUCUGUGUGGAACCGCAGCAGUUCAGCAUUCAAACGAGAGACUUCUUUCUACCAUCACUACAACAGAUUGGUGACAGUAUCAAAGACAUUCGAGAAUUCUACUGUCCUCGUGGUAAACUUAGCAUUGUGCCUAAAAGCCUUACCGCCAGUCUAAAGAGGAUCACUGAGAAACUUGUAACUUUCCUUCAAGAAGAAACAUUUUCUUUGUCCCCAAACAGUGGCCUGAUAGACACAGCCAAGCCAAGACUUCUUCAAGAAACAGAUGGUUUCAUCUUUAUCGCUAAGACAUUGUGUUUUCCAUUAAAUAUACCGUACAGUGAGUUGCCAUCAGAUAUCCACUGCGACAUUGUCUUGAUGCUCCCUUCUCAACCAGCAUUUGUGCUGACUGUAGUCGAUAACGACACCCCAGAAGCAAGGAAAUACAACGUCAGUGUUGCUAGAGGGCUGAUCACCUCCCUCAAUAGGUUCACUGACGAUGACUUUUCAGCAGUGUUUGGUGUUGUGUGCAAGUCUCAUCUUGACUCAUGGGAUACAUUUCAAUCCAAGUUGAAGACGCUUGCGCAUUCAUGUAGCAGAUUUGUUACGUUUGACUCCCUUUACAUGUCAGAAGGCAAAUAUGAUAAACUCAUUACUUCUUUUUGGGCUUCAGUUGCCAAAGUAGAGCCAGGCGAUCAGUUUCCCGACGCAGAAAGGAUUAAUUUCCUAACAAAAGAACAAUGCACAGUGUUGUUAGAAAAUAUGAAUUCCAAAUAUGUGUUUGUGUUGACGCUUCCAAAAUGUGGUGGAACUACUCUUAUGUUGGAAGUUGCUAGAAGACUUCAAAACUUUCUACCAACCUAUCUCAUGGUCAAAUCAGUGGAAGACAAGUCCAAGUACAGAGGUUUGUGUGAGAGUGUUUCAACAGCAUUGAUUUCUGAAAGUCCUGCCAUAACACAUGUCUUGGACAACAACUGCGAGUCCGAGAGAGCCGCUGUCACAGAAUCAAUUCUACCUUUGCAUGAUGACGAAACCAUCAAAAUUACGUGGACCUUCUGUUCGGACUUCAUCAGGCCGCAAAUUAUGGAUGAGAUACUUGACUUGUUUGGAUCAUACCGGCAUGUGCUUCUUGUUGGGUCAGCUGGUGAAGGAAAAUCAGUCACGGGCCUUCUUCUUCUUGAGCACUUCAGGUCAAGGGGAAUAAGUGUACUACAUGCAACAAGUGCCGCGAAAAUGAAGAGUGCUGUUCAAAACUCUGAAGAAACUUUCAUCUUUUGCGAUGACGUGUUUGGGAAAUUCAGGUGCACAUUUACAUUAACACCAGAUUUGGAAAAUAUGUUCAGUCGGCUCCAAACGAAGACAAACAUUAAAAUGCUGUUCACCAGCAGAUGUGAUGUUUACGACGAUGCACGUCAGCGUUUGGGGAAGCUAAAAUCCCAUUUUGAAGGUUCAAGGGAACUGAAUCUAACAGAGAAAACCCAGACAAGUGAAAAGGCGAAAAUGUUAGAUAGAUACUUAGAAGUAAGUAACAGGCGUAUUCCUGACAUGGAGAAGGAAAGUAUAGUUUUGAAACAAAAUACGCAUGGAUUUGCUCAUUCGUGUCAUUUGUUCAUCACUCUUGGAAAGGAGAAUACAAAAGCCGGACAAUUCUUUGACAAUCCGUUGUCGUUUGCUGAAAAACGCAUUCUACAUCUUUUGAGGAAUUCUGUCAUGAAGUGCCUCCUCUAUCUCUUAACGGCAUUCAGAGGCACACUUGAUUUGGAAGAUCCUGCUGAAGAUUCAGCAGAAAAACGACGGAAGGUUAUAAGACAUGUUGGAGAAACAUCCAUGUCUGAAGUUUUCUCAGUUGCUGCAGAAGAGCCAUUCUUGUUUACAACAGAAGGUUCUGUGAAGUUUUCUCAUCCAUCCUUUCUUGAAGUAUCGUCAAAUAUCAUAGCCAAAUGUGAUAUUUCUUUCAUCAUACAAUAUGGACCUCUUGAACUGUUUGAAAAAGCAAGCGAUAUGAGAGACCAAACAUACAGCAUUAAAAUUUCGGAAGACAUUCAUUUCAUCGAACUAGCAGAAAGGUUUUUACACGAAAUAGAACUUGGUGCAUUUGAAAGCUGCUGCUCACAUCGAUUGCUAAGAAAUCAAAACUUUGUGGAUCAAGUUAUCUGUCGCCUCCCCACUUCGACAGAUGACUUAGCUAUCGACAAGCUAUUAUACUGGGCAUCCAGCAAUGGUUCAGAUGCGAUGAUGAAAGCAUUGUUGCAGAAGUACACACUUACAAGGGAAACGUGCCAUCAUGCAGUUUUGGGCUGUACCAGAUGGGGCAAUCAUUCUGCAUUGGAGUACAUUAUAAGCAGUUUGAAACUGACUUCACGGGAUAUUGAUGACAUCACUGAAGAUGGGUUGCCAUGCCUAAUUGUAGCAGCCAAUCAGAAUAACGUUGAAGUGUGUAAAGUGCUGAUCAAACACGACGUGGAUGUAUACAUCACAGAUCCACGUAUGGGAGCAAAUGCACUUCAUUGGGCUGCUGCAGCUGGUCACUACGACAGUGUGGAGGUGCUGUCAAGACACAUAUCACUUGAACGUGAAAGCAAUGGGGGAGUUACGCCUUUAUUUGUGGCUGCAGAAAAUGGUCACCUGGGUGUGUUUAACUUUCUCCGAGGAGAGGGUGCAGCUAUCAAUAAACAGAUAAAAAGCAGGAUUGUGUCAUUAACAAAUCCUAGAAACGAAGGCCGUGCAUUGGUUAAACAACUAAAUGUAUCAGAUGAAGGUUUUACACCUCUUCAUGUGGCAAGCUAUGAAGGACAUUUGGACAUAGUAGAACUUUUGAUAACUGAAGGGGCUGAUGCCAAUUUGAAGGCUGAAUUAGGACCUCCGGUAGCCUUUGCUGCAAAAGCAAAUGAUAUGUGCAUCUUUCGUCUGUUUCUCAGUGAUGACAGAGUAGCUUUCAGUGACGUUAUCUCUGCAGCAUAUGAAUAUGGUCGUACUGAAAUGCUGAAAGAGGCUGUCCUACAUAAACGGUCCAAAGCUAAUGACAUUAUAAAAGCAACUUUGUGGGGGCAACUUGAAACUGUGAAGGAAUUACUUGAGGAGUCUGAGGAAGGCUUAAGCUCACAUAUCGAUAGAUACACACUUCUUCAUCUAGCAGCAGCUUUAAACCAUGGAGAUAUUGUGGAUGAGCUCCUACAAAGAAAGAUUGAAGUGAACAAAUCUUCUGAAGGUGGAUUCACAGCUUUGCACGGAGCAUCUAUUACUGGCUCUUCUUCAGUUGUUGAAAGUCUCAUCAGAAGGGAAGCUGAUGUUGACCGGCUUGCUAAUGGUUUUGGUCCUCUUCACUUUGCAUCGAUGUAUGGAAACACAAAUAUAGCCAGGAUUCUGAUACAACAUCAAGCAAAUAUCCAUCUGAAAGGUUAUCAUCAGUGGAGCCCACUACACGUUGCAAGCAUCCACAAUCAACCCGACCUUGUUCGGCUUUUGCUGGAGAACAACGCUGACGUGGAAGCUUUGUCUGAAGAUCUCUCAACACCUCUUCUAUUUGCUUCAUACCUCAACAAUAUGGACAUAGCAGAUAUAUUGUUAGAUCAUGGAGCUGACUUGCAUCCCAGAGGUAUGUCAUACCACCCACUUCUAGGUACUGCUCUCUUGGGCCAUCCUGAAGCUGUGAACAAUUUAUUGCAGAGAGGUGCAAAAGUGAAUCAUGUAAGUGCAGUUGGUGUAAGUGCUUUGCAUGGAGCUGCAUAUAUGGGGGCAAUGGAUGUGCUCGAGUGUCUUCUUGAGAAUGAAGCAGAUCCAAACCUGAAACUGUUUGAAGGGAUAUCACCUGAGGAGAAAUCUAAAAUUGCAAGUCAUGUGGAGCAAUGGUGCAAAAGCACUCCCGGGAAGGAUAUCAAUUUGAGAAGGUAUGAUGGUGGUUCUGCACUACAUGUGGCUGUUGACAUGGGUUACACAGACAUGGUGCGACUUCUGUUGAAAUCGGGCGCUGAUCCGAAUCUCAGGAACAUGAACAAUGAAACAGCAAUAGAUAUUGCGAGGGAGAAGAAGCACAGUGGCAUCUUGAGACUACUAGAAUCGUCCUAAACUGUCUCUGCCAUUAAUGAACAAAGGUUCAAGAAGCGCCAAGAGCUGUACAAAGAAGUCGUGAUAGUUGUUUUUGUUGGAUUGAUUACAAUUCAAAACAAAUCUGACAAGCAAAAGAAAGUUUUGAAGUUGUGACAUGAAAGGUACCUAAUGGGGACGAGUGUCUCAAUUGUUUCUUCAUGUACUUUCAGUUUUUUGUCUCAUUUUAACGUUUGAAGAAAAACGUUGUUGGUUGGUCUGAAUGAGUCUGCCAUGUUCUUUCUCAAUAUGUAACCUGACACUACAGUGCUCCGUUCAGCCUUUGAGAGACUGCAAGACAACCUAUGAUGUUUACCGCAUGAUUCUAUGGGUUGACAAAGGGACAUUUUUGACGACUGUCCAUUUGGUCCAAGGGAAGCUAUUCAUUUCAACAACCAUUUCAAGGUUGUAAGAAGCGGUAACAAUGAAUGUUGUGUUGAUCUGGGACAUAAUACUUUGUUUAUUAAUGAUCCUCUGAAUCUUAAUAAUGUCAUAUACUACAUAGCAUGUCCUGCUUGACUGUGUUGUUAUCCAUCACAAGGGAUAAAUAUUUCAGUGUCAAAACGGUGAAAGAUCUUUUUAACAAAGUUAAUUAUCAUUUACUUAUUGAGUUAUUAAAAGGAAUUGAACUGAUUGAUAAAGUUUGAUUGUUACAAUUUGUCGAUAUAUGUAAUUUAAUGAUUGGCAGUUUAGAUUAGUAGCUUAGAUUGUUAGUGGCUGUAGCCUCAAGGGGGUUAAGGUAUUGUAAAAUUACUGUUCUCCUGAAAGGGUACGUAAGUUCCAAAACUCUCAAAGUAAAUUUCAAACUUACCAGUAUUUUAAGCGUAGAAUUUUUGUGAUUUCUAUUAUGGCUAAAUUUGACUACAAUCGCCGGCUGCUGAAGGGAUGAUGCAAAUCCAAAUAGGGUCCAUGUAGGUAACAAAGGUACUGUAAUUCCCCAUGGUCCUUAGUAUGGUGAUCAACCUUUGGUUGCUGGUGAUCUAUAGCCCUUUCUUAUAUUGUACUUUAAUUUCUCGUGAUAUAUUUUUACGAUAGCGUACUAGUUUUGAAUUAAGAACUGUGAUAAUCUAGUAUUUUUUCUGUCCUUCAAUGGCAGGUUUUUACGUAAUACAUUUAUUGAUUUGAAUAUUGAUAUAAACUGUUCUCGUCACGAUAUGGCUGCAAUAUUGCCGAGGUGAGGUAAAAUUUUAACUUAUUGCUCGAUAUGCAAACGACAGGCAACUGCAAAACAGCGCCUUGACACACUAGUAACUCAGCAUAUUUGACAUACCUGGACAGAAUGUCUAUGCAUCUGGGGUGUUUUGUUGACAAUAGCAUGGUCAAUCGGAAGUAGAUUAUCCGUCUACGAACAGAGCAGUUAUCUCAGAGGACAUUACAAAGUGCCCAAAAUAGUCCGUUCACACUUUUUUAAUAAUACUGUUUGAUAUAGAUAUAGCAAUGAAUCCUGUAAAUAAAUACACAUCUCUUUGUUUCCACAUGGUU